UAUGCAUAUAUCCUGUAUAUAUAGAAUAGCAUUGUAUUUAUUGUAAUUUUCCUCUUAUCAUCGCUUUCUAGCUUUGUCCUUCGCACAGCCAGGCAGGGGACGGCCUCGCCCUGCCCCCGGCGCGCGCUCGAUCUCGCUCCCGAACGCACACUAACCCCCUGCUGUUCCAGAUGCGAGCGAGCAGCCCUGGGCCGUCCCCGACCUCCCCCUCCGGACGGCGAGGCAGCGCCGAAGUGCGGGAGGACGCGCAUGCGCCCUACUCUUGCAGGAACCGUAGGACCUCCUUGGUGGUGAGCGACAGCCUGGGCAGGUUCAGAGUUGUAGUGAAGAAGACGAGGCCCAACCUGGGCAUCGCCAUCGAGGGCGGCGCCGACACCAAGCAGAAACUGCCAAGAGUCAUCAACAUCGCCGCCAACGGCGCUGCCUUCGAGGCGGGCGGGCUUCGGGUGGGCCAGCUCAUCCUGGCCGUAGACGGACAGAAGCUGGACGGACACAAGCACGAGGACGCCGCCCGCCUGAUCGCUGGCUGCUGGGUGAGCCGCUCGCGCCCCGAGGUGGAGUUCAUGGUGGUGGAGCGGAAGCCAACGGCGGCCGAUGUCCGCCGCUCCUCCAUUUCCCUCCUGUCGCAGAUGUAGGCGGAGGACCUGGCGGCUCCCUUCGGCGGCCAAGGCGUUAGGAGCAGGUCGAGCCCCCGCAGUGGAGGGCGAUGUCUACCUCUUGUCGCUGAGAAGACGACGGGUAACUUUGGUCGAGGAGUCACGCUGGGAGAUGACUCCAGUCCU